GGGACCGAGGUGUUCCCUUUGCUGGGCUCUGUGUUGAGAGACCCCAAGCACUUCGCAAGGCCUGACGUCUUUGACCCCCAGCACUUCCUGGAUGAGAAUGGGACGUUCAAGAGGAACGAUGCUUUCGUGCCAUUCUCCGUAGGCAAACGAUAUUGCUUUGGGGAGCGGCUGGCCCGCAUGGAACUUUUCCUUUUCUUCACCAGUAUCCUUCAGAACUUCCGCUUCAAAUCUCCGAUCCCAACAGAGGAAAUCGAUAUCUCCCCCAUGCUGGUCGGUUUUGCCACCAUUCCUCAUUUUUAUAAAAUCUCCAUGAUCCCACGCUGAAGGACAACAGACGACACCGACAAAGCCCUGCUUUGUCACAACUGAAUUUGGCCAUUCAAAGAACAAAAAAA